AAUACACCCCCGCCUUCUUCCCCCUGGGCUACGUGUAGCACCAUCACACCACGCAAGUACUCUUAUCCAAGCAGCUUAAGAGCACUCUGUUCAUAUCAUGGCAUCGAUCUAUCCAUAGUGACCCUUUGCCCAGUUCCAUCGUACUACAUCGUCGCCAUGCUCCGUAUAUCGCCCCUGCUCUUCCUUUGUGCCAUGCUAGUGGAUCUUGUCCUAGCCAUCACACUCGUCUCGCUCUUCGCGUCCGCAUAUCCCGACGGAUUCCGUACCGCGCUAUGGCAAAACGGUGGCUCUGAAGGCUGGAACUCAGAUCCCCAGCAGCGUGUGUACAACUAUGCAAACUACCGCGAGUCGCCUCCCAUACCCUUGAGUUGGGAUCAAAGUUCUAUAAUGUUCCACCUGGUGAUCGCUGCCAUAACGCUGUUUGUAUGGGUCGUGCGCUUUCAAGUCAACUGCCUCAGUGGAUACGUUCUCGACCUUCAUGCGAGUAUCAUGACGAAUGCGAUGUAUGACAUACUUCUGGUCGGCCUCUAUGCAUCUAGCGCGGCAAUGCAAAACUCGGGGGACUUUUCGGAUCCUAAGCACAUUAGUCUGAGGCCUUGGUAUCUGGAACGGGGGUGUGAGGACGCGUGGAAGCGGACACGGGGUGGAUGUGAAGUUAUGAGGGUCUCAUAUGGCGUGACAGUAUUUGCUGUCAUAUGGUGUUGCCUCCGCCUUAUGACAACAUGUUUGUAUCUUGCAUACCUGCUUGGCAGAGAGCAUGAGAUUCAAGAUGUGUUACCCGAUUACGACGAACUCUCCAAAUGCAAGACUAUGGGUCACACUCCUUGAACGCAUACCUUGAUGCACAUUGUGAGUAGGAUAUGGGUACCCUAGAAUAAAGCCGGUGCGAUGUGCAGACUGGGGAUCAAUCAAACCAACCCUUCUCAGGAUCUGGAUUGUGCUUUACUGGUAACCACGAGAGCCCAGAUUUACUUGAAUCAUCUCUAUUACUGGACAACUUCAUAUCUAGAUUUUGAUGGGAAUGGUUCUCUCCAAUAGCAGCACAAAUACCACGUGACUGUGCAGCACAGAGCUGAUCUAUACGUGGCCAUUCACAUCCUUUUAUGCAGCAUCUAGUGCCUCAAUAGAACGGCUAUCGUGAGAGUCGUGUGAUUCAAUAAAUUAUCAGAAUCAAUUAAAAGGAUUAAGAGGUUG